CAUGAAGACCGCUCUGGUUCUGACAGUGAUCUGCGUAGCCAUCGCUACGGCCGUACCUCGCCGGACGUACGACAACGACCACCAGCACAAACGCUCGACACCGUCCAAAGACCCAACCGGACCCCUCGGUUACACGGAAGCCGAGACCACCUCGGAAUACUGGCGCCAAGUGGCGCGCAACAUCAUAACCUCAAAACUAUCCGAAACGCCCAUCCAGUCCAAACCUAAGAACGUAGUGCUAUUCAUCGGCGAUGGGAUGUCGGCGCAGACGAUUGCCGCCACCCGGAUGUACCUGGGCAACGAAAACCGAAUGCUUUCGUUCGAGGAGUUCGUCAACCUGGCUACGGCCAGGACGUACUGCGUCGAUGAACAGGUGGCGGAUUCGGCCUGUACGGCAACGGCGUUGUUCUCCGGGGUUAAGACGAAUCACGGAAUGAUCAAUGUGCCAUCGGAGGUGCCGUUCAAUAGUUGUGCGGGAGUUGGAGAUGUUGAAGGUUUGCUGAAGUGGGCCCAGGAGAGUGGGUUGGCUACGGGACUGGUAACGACGGCACGGGUCACGGACUCUACGAUGGCUGCGGCGUACGCUAGUGUGGCGAAUGAUGACUGGGAAGAUGAUUCUUUCGUCAAAGGAAGUGGAUGUGAUUUGGCGAGGAGUCCGGAUAUUGCUCAGCAGUUGGUUCACGGGGAUGUCGGACGUAAUUUGAAGGUUGUUUUGGGUGGGGGUCGUAGACAUUUCAUCCCAUCGACGGUGACGGAUGAAGAAGGCAAACCCGGAUCGAGAGCGGACGGACGAAACUUGAUCAACGAAUGGAAGGAGUUGCAUCCGGAAGGACAGUAUGUGUGGAACCGAACCAGUUUAAGAUCGGUGAGUUUCAGUAGAACCGAUCGAUUGCUGGGGUUGUUUGAAAGCAGUCAUUUGAAGUACCGCUUGGAGGUGCUGGAGCAAGGUUCCCAGAUGACCGAACCGAAUUUGCCGGAUAUGGUCGCCAUUGCUUUGCGGAUGUUGAACCAACACAACGAUGGAUAUUUCUUGGUGGUGGAAGGAGGCAGAAUCGAUACAGCUCAUCACGAAACGAGGCCGCGGUUGGCGUUGGAGGAAACUGCCGAGUUCACGCGGGCCGUGGAAUUUGUACGGACCAUGACCCGUGAGGAUGACACUUUGGUUGUGGUAACAGCUGACCAUGGACAUACCAUGACGUACAAUGGGUAUCCGAACCGGGGAAGUGACGUUCUUGGCAUUGCCGGGCUGAGUGACGAGGAUAAUCUUCCUUAUACGACCCUGAGCUAUGCCAAUGGCCCAGGGUAUUACCAUACCUACAAAGAGGACAACCGAGGCGAACGAGUGGAUAUCAGCGGAAUGAAUUUCAAGGACUUCCGUACGCAGUAUCCGGCAACCGUUCCACUGGAUGAGGCUACUCACGGUGGUGAAGAUGUACCAGUGUACGCACGAGGUCCUAUGGCUCAUCUCUUCCGAGGCAACAUGGAGCAAAGCGCUGUUCCUCACCUGAUUGCUUACGCCGCCCAGAUUGGGAGGUUUCGAGUUUGAAAUACAUGUGUAGUUUUAGGAUAG